AUGCAUGCUGACGAGGAGUCAUUGUUCGACGAUCAGGAUGCCCAUCUCUAUAUUGGGCGAAAUUGGAAUGAGUCAACCAUUCACCGGCUGGAGCGCAUUUACAAGGAGAAGCUAUACUCGCUUGUAGGUUCAAGGGUUCUCCAUCACACCAACCCACACCAGGAAUAUGGUACAUCAUCGGGUCAUGUUUCUGCCUGUUCCUUUCAAUCCGGGCCCAAAGACGGGACCUCUUCGGGGAAGAAGAGAAAGGCGGAUGAGAUUUCCCACGACGACGGCAAUCAUGGUGACCAUGAUGACAGCAACGGUGACGGUGAUGGCAGCCAAGAGCCCUCCAAGCGAUUCAAAGCAUCGAAAUCAGAAGACCGAGCCUUACGAUUCGCUUGUCCCUUCUUCAAGCGGCACCCAGAGAGCUUCCGAACACGUGGAAUGUCGGAUCACGAGAACUCAUCCCGGGUUAAGCAGCACAUAAGUCGCAAGCACCGCAUGCCCAUAUACUGCCCGAGAUGCUCGGAAACGUUCAAGACCGAACACGAGAGGGACACCCACGCUCGUGAUGUCGACUGUCCGGUGGGUCCCAAAGCCAACUUUAUUUGCGCAACAGCCGAGCAAUUGAGGAAAUUGAGCAAAAGAAACACAAGGCAGACAGAUCGAGCGAACUGGAACGCCAUCUACGAGAUCUUGUUCCCUGACGAUCCGUUGCCUGAGAGCCCCUAUCUUGACCCCCUCGUUUCAUACGAGGUCAAUCUCGUCCGAGAGGCUUUCCUAACGGCUGCCCCCGUCGCUGUCCGAACCGCUAUACAGCAUGUGAUCCCAGAAGGAUUGAGUGAUACUCUGCAAGAGGAACUGGAACAAAUCCUUCGGUCCACUCAUGCCGAGGUCUUUGAUCAGAUCUUGCGCAGAAUGCGCGAGGAUCGAGAAUCCGCGCGAGCGGAUCGCACAACAACGCAAUCAUCGUCGCAAGUCAGAGUGUCGAGCACACCUGACUCCGGCAUUGGAGGUUCCGUCAGAUCUGGAAGUAGCCAAGACGAGCCUGAGUCGACUCUAAAUAGCCAAGAUAGGCUGACUUCCUUCGGCAGUGGUUCAUUUGAUCUACACAAUGACGGGGCCAUACCAUUCCUGCCACUGUUCCCGCCAGGACUCGACUCAUCCGACUAUCAUAUGGGCCACAUUCCACAAUCUUUCCCGGCUGGGACUUUUGAUGAUCUUUCCGAGUAUCUAGAACCUUCAGGUGACAGGUUUUGGACGGAUCAAUCUUGA